AAAUAUAUAACACUACACUCCAACAGUGUGGAGACGGGGAUACCGUCUAGUUAUUUCUUUGGUGCUUUGCUGAGUACUUUGUUGUUGUUUUUCUGUACGUAACAUUACAUCGACGAUAUAUACAUACACAGUGCAGUAACACUGAUUAUGGACGCUCAUAGUUCUACAACAACUAAUUGCGAUUCAAAGAAAGCUGACGAAUUUUUACAAGCUUCUGUCGGUGAAAAGAAACUAGAAGAUCUGGUGGAUCUUUUAAAAAAGCAGAUAAAUACAAGUGACUGGUUGAACACAAAUACAGUUGAGAAGUUUGCUGCUGAAAAUCCUGAUGUUGCCAAGGAAUUUGGUUACGAAGGUGAAGGAGUGAAAGCUGCCACUGACAGUGCAAAAAGCUAAUUUCAAGGUACAGGUCUACUAGCUAGUUGUCAACAUGGGUGAUGAUGUUGUCUUGAGCUUCCAUGACAGUUUGUUACGUGUGUCGGAUGUCCAUCUGCUCUCUGGACCAUACUGGCUGAAUGACAACAUCAUUGGCUUUGCCUUUGAAUUCAUAGAAAACGUUUUGUGCAAAGACUGUAGCGGAAUUUUCAGCUUCAUUAGCCCACAGGUGACUCAAUUCAUCAAGCUCGUUAACGAGCCUGGUGAACUGGACGCGUUUCUGGAGCCGCUGUCGCUGUCGACUAAGAAAUUCGUCGCGUUGGCCGUGAACGACAGCGAAUCGCGCAGCGAUGUCGGUGGUUCUCACUGGAGCCUUCUUGUGUUAGACGUUGAUAGCGGCGUGUUCCGCCACUACGACUCGUCUUCGCAGCACAAUCACGACGCGGCUCGCUUGCUCGCGAGACAGCUGGCUCGUUACAUGAGGAUUGUCAGCGAUCGGUUCGUGGAAGAGGAAAUGCCGCAGCAACGCAAUGGCUACGACUGCGGAGUUUACGCAAUUGCAGUGGCGGAGGAAUUGUGCAAGAGUGAGAUGCAUAUUGGGGAUGUGGGGAGUGCCAACCUUGCCAGCAUCACUCCAAGCUAUGUUGAGAGUUGUAGACAACGACUGAGAAAACUCAUUAGCGAGUUGCACGAUGAAAAAAUUCACACUCCCAAUUAAUUUUUAAUGGGAUCAGACAUUCUAAUGUGAAUGUAUGUAAAUUUCCUUUUGCAAAAAAUGUUUGUUUGUUUGUAUUUCUUGACAUUGUUAUUUGUGAAUUUUGCUUUUAGGUUGUUGAGAGGCAUGCGUGAAAUACGUAAUGCUGUUAUCAUGACUUUGAACAGUGUUUGUGUAAAAUUGUAAAUUUUCUCUAUAAACUUCACGCAUUAAAAAUGGAGAUUGAAUGACGCACACUAUUCACUAUUUUCCUGUGUGAGCUUAUAUUUGUAAUAAUAAACCACAGUGUCUUAAUAUGGUAAUAGUGUCAGUUGACAAUUUGUUGAACAAUUAAUAUUUAGGCAGCAAUAUUACCAAUAAGACUGGUGUUUUAUUUUAGAUCACUCCAGUAUGAAAGCGUUGUCAGACCUGUGUUGAAAUAGUCCAGUCAGUCAGUCAGUCCAAUCCAGUCCAGUCAGUCCAGCCAGUCCAGUCCAGUCAGUUAGUCAAUCAGUCAAUCAGUCAGUCAGUCAAUCCAUUCCACUCCAGUCGGUCAGUCAAGAUUCAAGAUUCAACAAUGUGUAAACUGCUGUUUAUUACGCCUAUUGCCCAUACAUUAUUUUGUACAGGAGUAAAUUAGAGCUCUGCCUGUUUUGUUCUGCUCA